AUGUAUGGCCUUCAAGCCAGUAAACAACUCUCACAAAACUUUUUAUUAAAUCUUCAUGUAACGGAUAAAAUUGUGCGAGUAUGUGGUGAUAUUUCUAAUAAGACUGUGAUUGAAAUUGGACCUGGACCAGGUUGUUUAACCCGAUCGAUUCUUCAGGCUAAUCCUAAACGAUUAAUUGUUGUUGAGAAGGAUGAACGAUUUAUGCCUGCUCUUCAAAAUCUUCAACAAAGUGUGGAUGAUGGUAAAAUGCAUAUUGUUCAAGGAGAUAUAUUAAAAGUGGAUCAAUUUAAAUUAGUGGAUCACUUUUUGGAGAAGGAUGAAAAGGUUUUAAAGAAUUCGGAUGAAUUGGCCAAUGUAGUAUUUAUUGGUAAUUUACCUUUCGGAAUUGCAACACCAUUAUUGAUUAAUUGGUUGAAGGAUUGUGCUAAUGGAACUGGUGCUUUUGCAUUUGGAAAGAAAAUUCCGAUGGUUUUAAUGUUUCAAAAGGAGGUUGGAUUGAGAAUGAGUGCAAAAAAUUCUACAAAGGAAUUUGGUAGACUUUCAGUUUCUUCACAGAGUGUGUGUGAUGUUGAACACAUGUUUGUAGUGAAUGCCAAGAGUUUCGUACCUGCUCCUAAAGUGGAUGCAAGUGUAAUGAGAUUGAUACCAAAGACAACACCACUCAUUGAUAAUUCACUCGUUCAAUUUGAGGAUUUGGAACAAUUUUGUAGAAUUAUUUUCAAUGGUAAACGUAAACAAUUGAAUACUAAUUUGAGUUCAUACUUUUCUCCCAAGCAAUGUGCUUAUAUUGCUGCAGGUGCAGUUGAGGGUGGUUCAAAGAAUAUGGAUAGUGUCAAUGCUGUUCUUUCACAACGUUCUCAAGACUUGACAGUUGAGGAAAUUACUUCAAUGGCCAGAAGAUUUGUCAGACUGCGUGAAAGUGAUCCAGCUAUUAAGGAUUUAUUAAAGAGAGCUUAA